UAAAGAGGAAGGAGUAAACAACAAUCUAUUGUUGUUGUUGUUGUUGUCAUGAUUAAAAGUGCUUGCUAGUAUUAACUACACGAUGUGUAAGUGCUUCUCGUCCCUUUUCUCUCUGUUUUUGAUUUUUUUGUUUGUGCUUCAACAAGCAUCAACGGGGAAUGCGUCAAAUGCAUCAUCAGAGUAUGAAGAGAUCAAGUUGAGAGUAGGGGUGCCCAGGAAAAAUGGUUUCCAACAAUUUGUGCAUGUAAUUGGGGAAACUUCUCAAGAAAAUUACAACAUAUCAGGAUAUUGCAUGGAGGUUUUCAAUGCCGUCAUAACCCAUUUACCGUUCAAUGUUUCUCUACAUGUUGAACCUCAUGAUAUUGACUCAAGUGAGGGUUCUGGAUACGACGCUCUUCUAAAACUAAUUCCGUCAAAGUAUGAUGUCGUGGUCGGAGAUAUAACCAUCCUAGCCAACCGUUCGAAGUUUGUUGAUUUCACAGUGCCUUAUACUGGAUCGGGAGUUAAAAUGGUAGUACCUGUUCGACAUGGGAGGGAUAAAAACAUGUGGACUUUUGUCAAACCCUUCAGUUGGGAUCUUUGGUUGAGCAUAAUCAUCAUCUCUACCUUCAUAGGGCUUGCCAUACUCAUCAUGGAAAGAAACGUAAACGCUCUGCCUAAUCAAGAGGGUUCUCCAAAUCAAAAAAAGUUUCACCCUGCUACCUUCUUAUGGUUUCCAAUCUCACAAGCCAUUCUUCCUGAAAUUUCAGGACAAGUAGUAGUAAAAAGCUGCUCAAGAUUUGUGCUGAUGGUUUGGCUUCUAUUGGCGUUCGUCCUCAUGCAAAGUUACACUGCGAACUUGACUUCUAUAUUGACCUUGGAUCAACUGCAGCCAAGCUUUCUCAACGUGAAUGACUUAAGAAAAGGGGGCUAUUACGUUGGAUACCAAACGGGGUCUUUCGUUCACGACGUGUUGGUUAAGCAAUUUAAGUUUGACCCUUCUAAACUGAAGCCAUACAACACCAGUUGCGAGUAUCACGAUGCUCUAAAGCAUGGAAGCCAAAAUGGGGGUGUUGCAGCUAUAUUCGAUGAAGUUCCCUACCUUAAAAUCUACCUUCAAGAAUACGGAUCCAAUUACAUUAUGUCUGGCCCCAAAUAUAGAAAUGCUGGGUUUGGUUUUGCACUCCCUUUAAACUCGAAUCUCACGGCGUACUUUUCGAGAGCCAUCUUGCAUGUGACUGAAAGUGAUUUGAUGAAUGAAAUUGAAGAAAAAUAUUUUGGGAAGAAUGAAGUUGGUGAACAAAACUCGUCUGAUGAAGCAUCUUCUGCUCCUCUAAGUCUCAGCUUUCAUAGCUUUGAGGGGCUGUUUUUGAUUACAGGAAUUUCAACUUUUUUUGCACUAUUGAUAUCAGAAAGUGUUUUAUGGCAAAAGCCCAUUUUGAUGGCUAAAGCAUUGAGUCGAAGGUAUUUGUCCUUCGUGGCGCCUACCACGGAAAUACGCGUUCAUCCAACUCAUGAUUCAACUCACGGUAUAGAGGUCGUUUAGAAGACCUUCUUAAAGAUACAUUGAUUCUUGCACAUGCAAAUUAAAUUUGUGUAUGUAUAGGUGUCACAGGAAAAGUCACGAGAGUUUUCUUUAUUUGUAUGUAUGUAUGUAUGUAUGACAAAAAUAGGAGGAACGAGUUCAUGUUUGAAUGUUUUUAGUUUAAGACUAACAUUCAUAAUCAUCGUACAACACUUAACUCUUUUGUAAA